AUGGAAAGAAAAGCCAGUCAAUAUGUAGCAACUCUAUUGCAAUCUUGCAUUGACAAGAAAGCUCAUUCAUUUGGAAAAUUACUCCAUGCCCAUAUCCUCCGUGUCGGUCUCUCGGCCGAGACGUUCCUUAUGAACCGCUUAAUUGAGCUUUACUUCAAAGCCAAGAACUUUGGAUAUGCUCACAAGGUGUUCGAUAAAAUGCCGCAAAGAAAUAUUUUCUCUUGGAAUGCAGUCUUAACUGAGUAUUGCAAAUCAGGAAGUUUAGGAGAUGCGCAUAAACUGUUUGCUGAAAUGCCUGAGAGGAACACUGUGUCGUGGAACAAUUUGAUCAGCGCGUUAUCGCGGGGUGGGCUGUAUGGAGAGACGUUGGUUGUUUAUGAUGAAAUGAUAUUGGAAGGUUUGAUGCCUACCCGUUUCACGCUGGCUAGUGUUUUGAGUGCGUGCGGGGCGCUGUUGGAUGCGGAGUGUGGGAAGAGAUGUCAUAGUGUUAGUGUUAAAAUUGGACUUGAUAUGAAUGUUUAUGUUAGUAAUGCUUUGUUGAGUGUGUAUGCUAAGUGUGGCCUUCUAAGGUAUGCGGUUGGGUUGUUUGAGGAAAUGGAGGAGCCUAAUGAAGUUACCUUUACGGCAUUGAUGGGUGGGUUUAUGCAGACGGAUAGGGUUUUGGAUGCAUUGGAAAUGUUUAGGUUGAUGUCUAGGAGAGGGAUUUGUAUUGAUAGCGUAUCGUUGUCUAGUGUUUUGAGUGUUUGCACCAGGGGAGGAUGUAGAGAAUCUGGUUUUUACGAUCAAAGUGAUGGCUUUUUGCGUAAUGCGCUUGGGAGACUAGUACAUGGACUUGCUAUCAAACUUGGGUCUGACAAUGAUCUUCACUUUUUCAAUUCAUUGCUGGAUAUGUAUGCAAAGAGUGGUGAUAUGGACAGUGCUGAAGAGGUAUUUUCUAAUUUGCCUGAAGUAAGUGUCGUGUCUUGGAAUGUAAUGAUAGCUGGCUAUGGUCAGAAAUGCAAAAUUGAUAAAGCCAUAGAGUAUUGGCAUAGGAUGCAGUCUUCCGGGUUUGACCCGGAUGAGGUCACUCAUAUUAAUAUGCUUGCAGCAUGUAUCAAGUCUGGAGAUAUGGAGAUUGGGCGUCAGAUAUUUGAUAGCAUGGCACUGCCGAAUGUGAGUUCGUGGAAUGCUAUAUUAUCCGGCUACAUACAGGUUGGAAAUCACAAGGAAGCAAUAGAAUUGUUCCAAGAAAUGCAGUUCCGAAAUGUAAAACCUGAUCGAACUACUAUAGCUAUUAUACUGAGUUCAUGUGCAGGGAUGGAGCUUUUGGAGGCCGGGAAACAGGUUCAUGCUGUCUCGCUAAAAGCUUCCUUUCAUAACGACAUAUAUGUUGCUAGUGGGCUCAUUGGUAUGUAUUCAAAGUGUAGGAAGAUGGAUAUAGCAGAAUUUGUAUUCCAGAAAAUGCCCGAAUUGGAUAGUGUCUGUUGGAAUUCUAUAAUUGCGGGUUUUACCCUUAAUUCUUUAGACAAGGAAGCUUUGACAUGCUUUAAGCAGAUGCGAGAAAAUGGCAUGUCACCCACUCAUUUCUCUUAUGCUACUAUUUUGAGCUGUUGUGCAAAAUUAUCUUCGUUGUUUCAUGGGAAACUAAUUCAUGCUCAGCUCGAAAAAGAAGGGUUCUCAAACGAUGUCUAUGUAGGCACGUCUCUCGUGGACAUGUAUUGUAAAUGCGGUGAGGUAGAUGAGGCCAGACAAUUUUUUGAUUUGAUGCCUAAGAAAAAUUCUGUUACAUGGAAUGAGAUGAUUCAUGGGUAUGCUCAAAAUGGCCGUGGAUGUGAAGCUAUUGAUCUAUACAAAAACAUGAUUGAAUUAGGCGAGAAACCGGAUGAAAUAACCUUUGUUGCUGUUUUGACUGCUUGUAGCCAUUCAGGAUUAGUUGAUACAGGAGUCGAAAUAUUCGAGUCAAUGCACCAAGCCCACGGAGUGGAUCCAAUUUUGGAUCACUAUACUUGCAUGAUUGAUGCUUUGGCUCGAGCUGGCCGAUUUGAUGAAGCGGAAGUUCUGAUGGAUAAGAUGCCAUGUAAAGAUGAUCCAAUUGUAUGGGAGGUUUUGCUUAGUUCCUGUAGACUCCAUGGUAAUGUGAGGUUAGCAAAAAAGGUGGCAGAGGAACUGAUCCGUCUCGAUCCCCAAAACUCUUCUCCUUACGUGCUUCUUGCAAAUAUUUACACUUCUUUAGGAAGAUGGGAUGAUGUUAGGGCUAUUAGAGAGCAGAUGAGUGAUAAACAAGUUGUGAAAGAAGCAGGUUAUAGCUGGAUUGAACAUAAAAAGGGAAUGGAAUCAUAUAUAAUGGAGGAUGAUCUGAAAAUGGUUGAUCUUGCUUUGGAGUCAGGUUAACACUUCAACCUUCAGAGAUGCACUUAAACCAGGAAUUCAAAGGCUGAUAGGUGUUGCAGACUCGAAAGAAUAUUAGUCUUACUUAUGUGGCUCGAAUUCGAAGGAUAUAAGCCGAAUAGUAUGGGAACAAUGGCAACGCCGUACAAUAUGGAGUUUCAGGCGACACGUUGAAACAUAGAAAUUGAGAAGUUUUCAUGCAACAUAUAUGGGAGUUUUACAGAGUAUGUCCUACUCUCCAUGAGUGUUCAUCACGGGUAUCAGAAUCUCGUUUACGCGUGAUAUUUUGAUGACAGUGGUAUUAGGAUGAAAUUGAUCAUAAAAAUCAGAGCCAGCUUCAGGAAUGAGCUGAAUUGAUAGCAUUUCUCCCUGCAGGGUGGUUUCUUAUGAUAUGCUUCAGUUCAUCAUAAUUAAUAUAUUUGACAUUCAGUUCAUAUAUUGAUAUUCUUGCAUGGUGGUUUUCAUUGAUAAUGUUAUCAGUGUCAAUGAGUUAAUAUAUUAAUAUUUAUGUUGUUCAUA